AUGGCGGUUCCGUACCCCCAGCCCGCGUCUCCCACCUUGACCAACCCAGACAUGAUUCUGCCCGACUACGACGGCCCCGAUCCGUACGACAGCCGGCCGUCCACGGGCCCGUCGCUGUGGAAUAGCGGCCAUCACAUCGAGGACGGCUUCCAGUUCGGCCAGGAAUUCCACGCCAACCCCGACCCUCUGUCCACGCGCAUCAUCUACGGCAACGGGACCAUGCUUUCGGACAUUGGCGAGGUCACCGAGGUGGAGAGCGUCGUUGGGCGUGUGCCCUCGCGGAAUGCCUCGAAGCGCUCGACCCACAGCUCGGGCGACGAGGGCCCGUUUCGAGCGUCGUCGCUGACGACGGGGAAGAAGUUCAUCCAGCAGCGCCUUCAGCAGCAGCGCCAGCACCAGCACAAGCAUGGCGAGCGCAGAAUGUCGACCGACUCUACCAGCACAGUCGGCACGCACGACGGCGGCGCCUUUGUCGACUUUGACGACACUGCCAGUCAGGGAGGCGACAGCAUCUUCCAGGGCGACGACGAGGAAAGCGUGGCGUCUGCCUACGUCGAAGGCACGGCCGUCGCACACCACCUGCGCGCCUACGAUCCCAUGUCCGUGAGGAGAUUGAGCGAUGACGGAGCUUCCCUGAGCCAGCGGGCAGAGCAGAUCUUGGCCAACGCCAAAGCGAGGUUAACUCACAUGGAGGACAAUCUUACCCGAGCGAGGACCUUGAGCUACUCAUCUGUGUCGGAUACCUCGACUCCUUCACCAACCACGACGAGGGCUCCUACGUCCCUUCGCAGGCAGGGAAUCACGCCCUCUCCGACGAACCCUUCCAAAGCUACGAAUGGAAACGGAGCUGCCCUUGGAGCCUCCUCUGGGGCACAGCACUUGUCGGGCUAUCCCCAGCGCUCUGCGAGUGCCCUCGGUUCUGCCGGUGGCUAUCGGCGGCCCCUGCCUACAUCUAGAAGUAUGGACGGUCUGGGCGGCGCGUCAGCGCAAGGUGCCCACGGCCACUUUCAGUAUUAUCAGCUGGACCACAGUUCGGAGACGCUGGGCGAAAACGGAAAUGCGGCUGGUAUAGACGGGAAGUGGAACGGUUCACGGACAACCACCCUGGCGAGUCCCACGAGGGGGACGGGCUUUUCCGACUUGGGACUGACUCGGUCUGCCUCAGCAUCGCAGAUGCGUGAUCUACAAUAUCAACUGAAGGGCUUGAAGGGGAAGAUCUCGAGCUUGAAGGAACAAGCAAAAGCAGACAGCAUGAGGCGUCGCAGCCUUCAAAGCCUCCGCAUGCCGAGCCCCUUUACCAAUGCCACCUGGGACCCGAAUCAAGCAGAGUCGCAUGCUGCCCAUAGCAGCAGUGAUGAGUACUCCUACGGGAACACUGAUACGAGCGAUAGUGACCAUGAUCGGAAGCAAGUCGAGCAUGAGGAUUAUGAAGACGACCCCGAGGAAAGCGAAACUCCAAGAGGCCGAGCCCUGGCCAGCCCGCUGGAAACGAGCCAGCAGGCAACAGUCAACGGCAUUCGCAGCUCUUCACCGGCCGAGAGCGUUGCGACCGAGUACACCGAAGCCGAGUCGAGCCCCCAGUCCCCCCGAGAUGGCUACGGCAGCGAAAGCGAAGAGUCGCUGUAUCACGAACCCUUCGAGGGCCCCAUCUCUCACGAGGAUCGAGAAGACGUCUUCGACUACGAGCACUCUUUCCUGUACUCUUCCAUACCUGCGGCUGGGCGACGAUUGCGCUCGGAAAGCGUGAGCUCGGCGAGCUCGGCGGAAACCGCUCGCGGCCCAACGUUGUCUCACAAGCGGAGCGCUAGUUCGGACUCGACCAGUUCUGUAGACACGUUUGCCACGGCCAACGAGAAGAUUGUGAGUCGCAGUUCAACCGCACUGUCCGGCGAUCGAACUGCUUCCACCCAAGGGACGCAUCAGCGGAGCAGCACGGCGUCGAUGGUUCGGCCCGUGAGCAACGCCUCGAUCAAGACUAUGCACCGACCCUCGUAUUCGUCAUUUGACUCGGUGGGGACGAACCGGAGCUUCCCGCUCGUCAACAAGGCCAAGCUUAACGGCGGUAUCUUGACGCCUGGCGGCUCCCCUGAUCAGGCCAGCAAGCGACUUAGAGACUCGCUGUUGACGGACGCCUCGAGCCUCUACUCGCAGAACAGCAGCAACGGCCGAGGUGGCCAGUCACCGGCGCUUCAGGUUCUGUCCAAGGACGUCCAGCAGACAGUGGAGCGAGUGGUGGCAAGCCUGGGCAAGUGUGUGCUGGCGUUGGGCGAAGCGGACGGGACCCAUCCCGGUGGCCAUGAGCUGUACAAGCGGAGGAUCGAGGCGGCCCUACGCGUCCUCGACGGAGAAGUUGAGAUUCCUUGA